CAGAGCACAGGCUUACACGAGGCUGCGUGUCCCCGGACAAAUGCCCCUCUGUAUCUCGAGGCCUAUUGGGACUGGCAGCCACCCAGCACUCACCGCAGGCAGCCUCAGAGGCUAGGCUUGGCCUCUCUCUUGUCCUCUUUGCAGCACAGGCCUGCCAGGUCCCGACUGGGGCAGGAAACAGGGGGUGUGCUCUUUCUGGAAUGGAGGGUAUGGGAGGCAAGCCAGCUUAAGGAGGGUGAGGGGGCCACAUCAGGAACUACUCAGGAAGCCUGAAGUCUUAAGGUGGAAGGCUGAGAGGAAGAAGGUCACUGGGUCCCGGCUGGCUAUUCCCUGGGAGAGAAAGCUGCACUCUAGACAGAACACUGACUUUGGCACAGUCCCACAGCAAGUGAGCAACAAAGGAACAGAGAUGUCAUUGAGAGCCCUCGCUGCCCGGACCAGGCAAGACCGGCUCUGGGAUUGCACACUGUUCUUCUGGAAAGAGGAGUAACUGGCCCGCCGGCACCUGGAGCCCAGCGCCCAGGAGGUGGACCCAGACUGACCUGAGGAGGACUGUGUCCUGUGUCCUGUGUCCUGCGUCCUUAGGAGGCUGCUCACUGCAAAGUCAAGAUGACCACAGCCACCACUCUGGGGGACGCUGUCUUCUCACUGAACAUGACCAGAGGAGAAGACUUCCUGUAUAAGAGUUCUGGGGCCAUCGUAGCUGCCAUUGUGGUGGUUGUCAUCAUCAUUGUGACCUUGGUUCUCAUCCUGCUGAAGAUGUACAACAGGAGAAUGAGAGCUAGGCGGGAGCUGGAGCCCAAGAGCCCAAAGCCACCUGUGCCUCCUCCCCUGGACCCAAACAGCAACGGCAGCCAGCAGCCUGCGACUGUGACCUUCAGUCCUGCAAACACCCAAGCGGAGACUCGGUGACCCUACCCUGGCACCAUCCCUGCCUCUGCAAAAAGCUUUGAUGACCCAGAAGCACCCUCUGCUGGCAGCUUCACUGAAUUCUCUCUGGUUGGGUAAACUGAGGCACCUCUCAUAUACAGCCCCCGCAGCUUGAAGCCAUCCUUAACUGUGCUCUGCUUGGCCACCCCAGCUGUGUCCAUAUCCCUGCUGCCACUAUACCAAAGAGCUAAGGACAGUCUUUUGUCACCUGAUGAGAAGAACUAUGCUGGAGACACUGGUGUGUGUCUGGUUCUUGUCCUACAAAUGCUACAGCUAGACAGACAGACAGACAGACGUCUGAGUGUUCUGGUCAAGGAUCAGGAAGUGCUAAUGAUAAUGUCACCCAGGGUCUGCCAACUGGGAGCAUCUUGGCUUAAGCGUCAUGUCCACAACUUUGCAGAACAGAUUUCCAAUCCCAUAUCAGGUGUAGGGAAACUGAUUUUGACUAACUAACCACAAAAUCAACUUGGUAACGUCUAACCUAUUCCAGUAGUAGAUGACCGAUAGCCAGCUCAUGAUGGCCAGCCAGAACUUUCUCCCCCUUAAGCGACAAGGGUAUCAGAGGCUGAACUUGGUGGCACAUGUGUCUGUCAUCUCAGCACUCAGUAGAGGCAGGAACAUUGUGAUUACAUGGCCAGCUUUGGCUAUACAAGAUGUUUAACUUGAAAAAUAUUACAGAAUAAGCAGUAUUCACCCCCCCAAAAUUCUACUUCAUUAGUAGCCAGGAGAAGGUAUCCUGAGGAGCAGAGGCUAACUCUAGAAUGAGGAGCACAGGCUAGCUCUAGGAAGAGGAGCAGAGGCUAGCUCUAGGUGCGCAUGCACCUGGUUGUGUGGUACCUGCUCAGGACCCCUUUUGCUGCCCCAGGUGGACUAUCCCACUCCUCAUUUUCUGGCUCCUUUUUAUUUGGAUGCUAAGCUUUCUUGACAGUCUCCUUGCCUCUGGGACAAGUAUUUUGAGGCCCAUUAAAUUCUGCAUUUCCUGUGUCCUUCCUAGUCACCUUGCAGAGACAGUCACCACACAACAUGGACAACCUAUUCUCUGUGGCAGCUGAUCUCUGAGCCCUGGGCCAGAAGACGAUCUGCUAGCAGGGACAAACAUUUCAGAAUUAAGAUUUACACCCAAACUGGGAGGUGGCAGCACACACCUUUACUCUCAGCACUUGGGAGGCAAAGGCAGGUGGAUCUCUGUGAUUUUGAGGCCAGCCUGGUCUACAGAGGAGUGCCAGGACAAGCUCCAAAGCUACACAGAGAAACCCUGCCUCAAAACAAACAAAACAACAACAACAAAAGAUUUGCAUCCAAACUGUUCUCUCUUACUACUUUGAAAAGCUCAUGGGAUGGCUCAGUAGGUAUAUGUAGCCAAGCCUUGAGCACCUAAGUUUGAUCCUCGGGACCCACAAAGUAGAAGGAGAGAACAGAUUCCUGUAAACUAUUCUCUCAUCUCUGCAUGUGUGCUGUGGUGCUCCACAAACACAGUAAGCAAACAAAUUAAAUGUAAGUAAAUUUUUUUGUUUUUUUAAAUAAAAGGUCACUGGGGGUCUAGGGAGAUGGCUCAGGGGCCAAGAGUGCUUGCUGUACAAGCAUAAGGACCUGAGUUCAAAGCCCCAGAACCCAUCUGAAAAGCUAUGUGUGGUGAGAUGCACCUGCAAACCCCCCCACACACACACACACUGGGAAGAGGUAGAGAUGGGAGAAUCAUGGUGGCUUGCUGACCACCAGCCUGGCUUCAGGAUCAGUGAGAAAGCUGUGUCACAGGAGUGAGGCAGAGAACGAUAGAGCAGCCCACUUGACGUCCUCUUCUGGCCUCCAGGUAUGCUCACACGGGAGCAUGUGACACACAUGUAACACACAUACACACAACAACACACAUACACACAAAAAAAAUUAUUUUGAGACUGGCCUGGAAUUCAUUGUGUGACCAGGCUAGCCUAGAAUCCACAGAGAUCCUCCUGCCUCUACCUCCUGAAUGCUGGGAUUAAAGAUGUUCACUAGCUUCCUGCUUAGACCCUGCACAAGCCCCAACGUAUGAUGCUUCCCUGGCCAUUUUCUGCUUUCAAAAUAAAACAAACAAAACCCUUAUGCUGCUGGAGACCCAGCUCCUCGGGGGCCCUUCCCUCCAUCCCUGGUACUCGUGGGUAAGGGACUGGUGGGGGGGGGAUGGAAUCAGCUUGAGUGUUCCAGCCUUAAAACUAACCUCUCCUGUCCACAAGAAACUCUUCUUUUGAUAACUAAUGCUUGGGAAGGAAGGAGGAAAGAGGUGGACAGAAUGUGUAGGGUGGGAUCAAGUGAGCUGAUUUAUUGUUCUGCUUUUCAAUAAUGAAUCUAACCCAGUGAGGCUCCUGUAGUGGCUCUGUGCACCGUGAGGGGGUCCUCAGUGCAAGAAUACAGGGCCCGCCCUGAUUUCAGCUGCAGAUGGUGUGACCCCACUUGUUUCCUGUUCUGAUAGGUACCUCUCUCAGCUGGGUGGGUUCUCAUAGGGAGAGGUCUGGAAUUGAUGAAAGAGUAAACACAUGCAUUUUAAAAUAAAGAGGUUUCAAUCAA